AUGCCGACCGACCCGGACCCCGGUUUAAUCCAGCCAGCGACAGGAGGCGUCACCAAAGUUCAGACCUACACCAUUACAGUAUUCGCGACGAUUGCCUGGUACAAUGCCGUGGAACUAGUACUUAUAUGUCUGACGACGUUCAAGCGCUACAGAGGUUGCUACUUCUGGAGUUUGUUGAUCGCCUCCGUUGGCUUGAUCCCACUUGUCCUUGGAUGGCUCUUCUUCAUCUUUUACUUCGGACUCUCUCGCUGGGUCUCCACCUCCAUCCUCAUCCCAAGUUGGUACUGCGUCGUGGCAGGCCAUUCUCUUGUACUCUGGUCACGACUGCACCUGAUCCUACAGGCACCAAAGCUGCUCCGUGCCAUCCUCAUCCUCAUCAUCGUCGACAGUAUUCUUCUUUUUAUUCCCACGACGGUUCUCCUUUAUGGAGCCCUGAUAGUCGAUGAGAACCAUCGCACUUCCGCACGGUUUGCGUUCGCAUUUAAUAAGAUGGAGCGGAUUCAGCUCGUGGGCUUCUGUUUGCAGGAGCUGCUCAUCUCUGGGAUCUAUAUCGUUGAAACAGUAAAACUACUGCGACUUCGCCCGGACACCCUGCACCGUCGGAUCCUUGUUCGGCUGGUCAUGAUUAAUGUUGUGGUCAUGGUACUCGACGUGGCGGUCGUUGCCGUGCAAUUUGCCGGGUACCUCGCGAUUCAGAUGAUGUUCAAGCCCGCUGCAUACAGUAUCAAAUUGAAGUUGGAAUAUGCCGUCCUGAGCCAAUUGAUUCAAAUCUGCAAGGCGCCGUUGGAGAGUGAUCCGGAACACCUAUGCUCAUGCUCGCAAGAGCACAACAGCACAUCGACUUGUCCAAGUGAUUCUGGGAGAAAUGACGCCGCACACUCGGAGAUGCAACAGUCCAGUGUAGAUACAAUCUCUACGGUGGUUACGCCACGUCAGUCAGCUGCUUGUUGA